GCUGUUGGGAAAUGCUUCCUUGUUUGGCUGGGCGGUGGAGCCCGCUUCGAGGCUCAGCUGGGUUAGUGGAAUCCAGGGGAAAUCCAGGGCUGCCCACCCAGCCAGGAGUUGUGAUCGCACUCAGGUGUCGGGUGUUUUGACACCAGGAUGUGAGCUGUGCUGCUGUCCCUCUGCUCCAGCCAACUGAAAUGGGGCUGUUCUGGAGCCGUGGCUGGGCAGCCGGUGCUCCGGGUUCUGCUGCUAGGGGCUUCCACCCCUGGGAUUGUCCCUGGCGUGAGGGGGACGAUGCCAGCAGUUGUGACUGGCACUGAUGGGCAGUACAACAAGGUUGUGUCCUGAGGAGGUGGCCUCUGGUGUCCCAGCGAGCAGUGAGUGAUGCAGCCAAGGGGCAGUGGAGAUGCUGGAGCCACAGUAAUGGUGAUGACCAGAGCUUGAGCUCGAGGUCGGGGCCGUUCUCUUGCUUUAGGAAGGUGGUGCAAAGGUGUGAGGAGCUCCAGGGCACCGUACUGUGGGCAGAGCUGCAGGGGCUGCCCCAAGCCAGCAGGCAGCAGACGGAAUCUUUUGACAGUUCCCACCACCAGCUUUGGCCGUUCCAUGCUGCCAUGGAGGGUUCGCCCCAAUGCCGUCUGUGUGGCCACCUUUGCGUCUCCCUGGGGUGAGCUGUGCUGCGGGGGCUGUGCUCUGCCAGGCAGUGUUCCCCACCAGGUUUGGCUGGAAAGCAGACAGCCCAGGCUGGCAAGAAGGGGGUGACACUGGGGUGGCAGGGACGGGGCUGCCUGGGAAGGUCCCACCACAGCAGCGUGUGCUUUCUGCUGGUGGCUGGAUCCAGGACGCGUGAACGUGGGCUGGCCGUGUUUGACUUGAGUCAUUUAUAGCUUAUCAGCUUCUGGUUUGUUACCCGGCGUAUAUUUCUAAUAAUAGUCAAAUGUUGUUGUACCUCGAGAGAGUCGUGUGCGCUUCUAAAGCACUUCACGGAGCACGUGCAUGCGAGGCAUCCUUCAUCUCGCUGCUUUCCCACCAUGCGUGGAGAGCCGGAUGCCCCUGGGCUGUGGUUUGGGUGCCGGGGCUCGGUGUCCUCCAGGCGCUUCCCAAAAACAUCGUGGGUGGCUCCAGGGGCUCCUUCUCCUGGGACAGGUGAGAGGCUGUGGGCAGCAAGGACCUUGGCAUUUGCGUUUGUCUCUUAAGCUCUGACAGUAAUCUUGGGUAAGCCUUGUGAAGAAGGCCAGAUAUUAGGGUGGCUGCCUCCCUGCAAAUGCUUACAAUAAAGAGACUAUUUAUAGUUUUCAACAGGGAGACCUUUGCAGCUCUGUCCCUGUACAUACAAGAUGGAGUUUCUGGAGAGGCAGGGUUGCUUGGUGGCUUGCGUGGCAGCGGUGCUGAGCCAGGGCCACUGCCUCCCACUCCUCUUGCUCCACCUCACCUGGGCACAGGGGCUGGCAGCUGGCAGCUCUGGGGGUGACAGCGUCCCCAUCCUGCUGGCAGGCAAGCAUGGGGCUGCUGAGCCCCAUCCGUCCAUCCGUCCAUCCGAUGUUGGUGCGUGCGGGGUUUCACAAGCAGUAAAUUCCAGGAAACUCCCCGGGAGGCACAUCCAGGGAGUGGGCUGGGGGCGGGUGCGAGCCCUGAGCCAGCAGAUGUGUCUGCAGGGACGAGGAGGAAAAGCACAAACCUGUCUUUAAAGACGUUGGUUUGUUCACAAUAAAAAUCGCCAGCCGGCGGGCAGGCAGGGCAGGUUUUAUGAGGCGCAGGCGAAGGUUGGAGGGGUGCUUGCCAAUCACUUCUUACAAGGAAAGGGAACGGGGAUUGUAUUUUAUCUCAGGGCCAGGGGGAGGAAAGGAAAAUAAGAGCAGAGAGUUUACAAGCCUUUGAAAUGUUUCAGUCAAAGGGAAGAACAGUUGAAAGCGGUUCUGGAAAGGUUUUUGGUGUUCCCCUGUACCCCAGGGCUCUGGAUGCAGGCUCUGCCUGUUGCUUGGAGAGGGAAGCAGGGAGAGGAAGGCAGAUAAAGAGAUGGCCAGCAGGACCGUGUUAAUACAGGCACACGUAUCUGCUUCCUCCCAAGCUGUGUGUUUGGGGAGUUCAGCCCAGGGAGGUCCCACAGCCCCUCCUCUCAUUCAGGAUCUCAGUGCUGCCUUUAUGAUGAUGGUUUUGAAAUCCUGUGGCUGACCUUUCCGGCGCUGGAAGCGAUCCAGGGGCUGUGUCUCGAAGUACUGUAAAGGAUGAGACAUCGGUGAGCAGCGAGGACUUUGAUAUGAAUGACUCCACAUGGAUCUCAGCUGACCAGCACCUGAACUCCAGCCUGAGCCCCAGCCAGGACGAGAGCAUGCGCAGCCCGCAGAACCUGCACGGCCAGGAGGACGAUGACUCCUCGUCAGAGAGCUGCAGCGGGAAUGGCUCCUCCACCCUGAACCCCUCCACCUCUAGCAGCACGCAGGGCGACAGCGCCUUUCCCGAAAUGAAUGGGAAUGGCACCGCGGCCCCCAUGGACUUCACCGCCUCCACCGAUGACCAGCCCAUCAACCUCUGCGACAAGCUGGCGCCUGCCCACGUCACCCCUUCCUACCAGUCGGAUGGCUGCAGCACCGAUGGGCUGCGCAGCCGGGUCAAGUACGCGGUGAAGACCACAGCAGAGUCCCCUCCAUACAGCUCCGGCAGCUAUGACUCCAUCAAGACAGAGGUCAGCGGCUGCCCCGAGGACCUGACUGUCGGCAGGGCCCCCACGGCUGACGAAGAUGAUGAUGACCAUGAUGACCAUGAAGACAACGAUAAGAUAAAUGACUCGGAGGGGAUGGACCCGGAGAGGCUAAAGGCCUUCAACAUGUUUGUGCGCCUUUUUGUGGAUGAAAACCUGGACCGGAUGGUUCCCAUCUCCAAGCAGCCCAAGGAGAAGAUCCAAGCCAUCAUUGAGUCCUGCAGCCGGCAGUUCCCCGAGUUCCAGGAGCGGGCACGCAAGCGCAUCCGCACCUACCUCAAGUCCUGCCGCCGCAUGAAGAAAAAUGGGAUGGAGAUGACCAGGCCCACGCCACCACACCUCACCUCAGCCAUGGCAGAGAACAUCCUGGCUGCUGCCUGCGAGAGCGAAACACGGAAAGCAGCCAAGAGGAUGCGGCUGGAGAUCUACCAGACCUCCCAGGAUGAACCGAUCGCUCUAGACAAGCAGCACUCCAGAGACUCCACAGCCAUCACCCACUCCUCCUACUCACUGCCAGCUUCAUCUUACUCCCAAGACCCGGUCUACAUCAAUGGAAGCCUGAACUACAGCUACCGUGGCUACGGGUCCCUGGGGGGCAGCCUGCAGCCACCCGCCUCCCUCCAAACAGGCAACCACAGUAACGGUCCAACCGAUCUCAGCAUGAAAGGUGGGGCCUCCAACACGGCCCCCUCCAACAGCACCAGCAGGGGAAUGCAGGCUGCCCAGCUCAGCCCCACGGAGAUCAGUGCGGUGCGGCAGCUGAUUGCCGGCUACCGAGAGUCGGCAGCAUUUCUGCUUCGAUCUGCAGAUGAACUGGAAAACCUCAUUUUACAGCAGAACUGACUCCCCGUGUCUGCAUUGCUCCUCUGUCGAGAAGACAAUUUAUACCUGCUAGAAAGAGGCUCUCGGCGGUGUCCUGCUCAGGACCACCCUCGUCCUCCCGUGAAGCGGCGGGUACAUGUAGUUUUAGAAGGUGGAAUCCAAAAGACCUGUUUUCUUUUACACUCCAAGCACCUGGGACUUGAGGCACAAGGACACGUUUUUGAACCGUACCAACACCCGCGCGUCCAGCCAAGCAGAAGCCAAACCUGCGGCUUGGGAGGAUGUGGGACUUUGAAGGGCAGAAGGGAGCCUGGGGAGGUUUGGGGCUGCAGAUGUAUUUAGAAUAACCUUUGUGGACCCGAAUGUUAGAUUCCUGUCCCCAGAUAAUUUCCAAGUCUUAGGUGAGCUGAAUCACAUAUUUAUUGAGAAAUGAACCCUCUUCUCCCCUUAGUAAUUUAUUUUUCUGAAAAUGGAUUCUUUUGAGUUUGUACAGAUUGCCAGUUUUUUUGUCUGUCUGAUCAGAAGGAAUUUGUUCCUGUGAAAUAACACAUUCCAUAUCACUACACUACUAAUUGCCAGGCACCUCUGCCUGUUCCUUUUGGGAGCCCUUAUCCCACAGGGAGCGAGUUUGCCAUCCUGAGGCUGCUUGGCCUUCAGCGAGUGGAGGUGGCACCUGACCGACGCAGCGAGCAAGCGUCCUGCUUAGACCUUCGUUCUAAGUGGUCCCAUAGCAGCAGUGGGGGCUGAAUCUCCCGCAGAGACUCGGCAAGGUCGGCAAACCUCUGGCUAGAAGGAUGUCUCGCACUCAUUUAAGUCAUUGCAGAUAAGAGAAGGAAGGAAGGAAGUUCCUGAGAAACACUGUCUUGCUGUCACCAUCCGUACUCUACCUCACACUCCAUUGUGGGCUUCUUCCAGGACUGGCCCUGCUGGUCCUGGGGGACGGUGAGUGUCGCAGCUGCGUGGAUCACGCCGAGGAGGCUGGAACCGAGCCGGCAGGUCCAGUGGAUCCACCAGGGUCCUGCUGCUGGGCAGCAGCUUGCCCUCCCCACUGCGCCCAGAGUGCUCCAGUCCAUGUGGAACCAACCCUGGGGCAGCACCAGAAUAAACCAUCCGGGAUAGAUGCAGUAAAGGCCGGGUCUGCCCGAAGAGCGAGCCACUCACCACUUUGCAGAAGAGCGAGCCGGGCGGCAUUCAGCAGCGGAACUGAGAGAGUCCUCCGGGGGCCCAGGAUCCUUCCCCCUCCCUGCUCACAGUCCUGGAACAAGCCCACAACUCCCAAAGUGUGGAAAGACCGUAGCCUGAUGUCCAUUCUGCCCUGUUACUGUCCCCACCCCUGAUCAUGCACUUCGUUUUGCUCAGUGCAAUACCUGCUACCAGUGCUGCUAAACCCAGGGACUGCGCUCGGGCACGAGGGUGCUGAGCGGAGCCAAGCAAUGCAACGGAGCCUCGGAGAGCAGCGGAGCCCAGCUGCGGGGACCCCACUCCCUGCCCGGGCAGGAGAUCCACAUCCGAUAGGUGCAAAACCCUGUGUGCGCGGGUUAAGGGAGGUCCUUUCUGUCUUUGGAGCCAGCUUCUUUCUUCUCUUCCAGCCUUGCGGACCAGGGCUGCUGCUCCAUGGGGGCUGAUGCCGCUGACGUGGGCUCCGUGGCCGUGGCUGGUCCCAGCCGGGAGCAGGUCCAGGCAGUUUGCUCCGUAGCUUUUAUACCUGAUUAAACUCCCCACACACUGGAAGACGAGCAAACCCUCUGCCCUGCUCUCAGUACAGAAAAAGCCACGACUCUGGGGCCCAGGCAGCGGCACAAGGGAUUCGCCACCGCAUCGACUGUGCUCCCUCAACAGUCAACUGCCCGUAGCGCUUGGAGAAAAGGGACUGAAGCCCUGGGUGUCUGUGCAGAGCCGGGGCGGCUGCUCGUCACUGGCGAUGCUGGACCUGGGGACGCCACAGCCAUCCUGGGGCUGAGGGUCCCAUCCCCUCCCUGCCCACGGCCACCUCCCCCAGGCCAGCGUUCCGACACGCACGAUCCCCAGCACUUCCCAACCCGGUUUUCCCACUGCAUCCUCCCAGCCUCGGAAUUGAUGUAAAUAUUUAUUUUUGUGUGAAUAUCACGAAGUAACAAAACCUUUGACAAAAACAGGCAACCGCAGCCACUUGUGAAAGGCUGACGGGUAAGGAAGGCGAGGCAGAGACAAUCGCCAUCCCAGCAUUCCCUCUCACUGCAAUAUCCCCCCCUCCCCGAGUCAGUGCCGCCCUCCCCGGCAGAGGCCAUCAAGUUUAGCCAUAAGUUUGCCACCCAGUUUACGGAAAACGAGGUUGCCCAGGGCUUACGGCUGGCUCACCAUCAGCUGCGGCGUGUGGGUAGUUGGAUGGAUACCAGCUGUCGCUGCCGUUCCUGGAUCACCUCUGGAUGUCCCAGCGUGCAGUGAGGUUGCGUGGCUCUCACCCCGUCUUUAACUGCUGUAAGAGGCAACGAGCCUCGCAGGGCAUAGGAAGGUGCCCAAAGCCCACCCUGUCCUCCCCGAUGGACAUUCAGACCUUGCCGCUGGACGGUGCAGCCUCCAAGUUCCCAAGCCCCGGUGACAGCCACAACUGUGACAAGUUCUGAAACAAAUGGGAUUGACUACAAAUUCUGUCAGGGAUCUUUCUAUUCGCUUUUUUUUUUUUUCCUUUAUUUUUUCCUUGGUGAGCCGCAGUUUCAUCGUUUCUUUGGAGUGAGCUCCACAGACACCUCCACGCUCCCCAGCUGAUCCAUGCACAGCUGCGGCUCCUAUGUGCUCCAGGACUGAUCCGCAGCCACAUUCCUGUGCUCUCCCUAGGCAGGACGGGGUCAGGAAGCGCUAGUCUGGGUUCUCAACAAGAAGGAAUGAGCAGGAGCAGAAUACACCGGCUUCCCAGAUCUCCUGAGAGGUGGAAGGAGAGGGCUGGGUUAGCAAAUGCUCUGGAUGUGCUUGGGUUUUGUUUUUUUUGAAAAGUGAAUC